UCCUUAUUUCCCGACCUUGUUUCUCGCGUUCUAUUCGGUUUGGUUCCAUCUCUCUUCAGACGGAAAAUGGCCGACAUUGUUGUGAUUUUCGAUUUCGACAAAACCAUCAUCGAUUGUGACAGCGAUAACUGGGUCGUGGACGAGUUGGGUUUCACCGAGUUGUUCAACCAGCUUCUUCCCACCAUGCCCUGGAAUUCUCUCAUGGACAAGAUGAUGGAGGAGAUUCAUGCGGAAGGGAAGACCAUUGCCGACAUUGUUGAGGUUCUUAAACGAACACCGAUUCAUCCCUGGAUCGUCCCCGCCAUUAAAUCAGCUUAUGCUUUAGGGUGUGAACUCCGGGUUGUUAGUGAUGCAAACACGUUCUUCAUCGACACAAUUCUUGAACACCUAGGAUUGAGGGAAUGUUUCUUGGAGAUCAACACCAACCCUAGCUUUGUCGACGAUGAAGAGAAGCUAAGGAUCUUCCCUCACCAUGAUUUCACCAAGAGCUCCCAUGGAUGCAGCCUCUGUCCUCCAAAUAUGUGCAAGGGGAUGGUGAUUGAGAGGAUUCAAGCUUUAUUAGAAGGGAAGAAGAGAAUUAUAUACCUUGGAGAUGGAAGCGGGGAUUACUGCCCGAGCUUAAAGCUUGGAGAGACAGACUACAUGAUGCCAAGGAAGAAUUUUCCGGUGUGGGAUUUAAUUUGCAGGAAUCCGGUGUUGAUCAAAGCUGAGAUCCAUGAAUGGAGCGAUGGUGAAGAACUGGAGAAAGUUUUGCUGGGAAUAAUCAACACGGUUGCUGUUGAAGAAGAUGAAGACAAAUAUUCACAAUUGGCAUCUGCCGUCGUUGAUUGCAAGAUGCAGACAAUAUCGGCAUCGACAAAUGUCUUGCCUCAAGCUCUGCCGGUUCCACAGUAG